CCCAGCCUGGUCUCAUUUACGGAUGCAUUCGUGAUACCGCUCGUUCGUCGACAAUAACUGAGUGCGCCCGCCUACUGCGGCUCCAGUUUAGCCCCAGUCACUCCUUGACAAUUCUACGCUCUUGGUUCCAUUCAGAGUUGGACUAGGGCGUCAAGGCAAGGCUUAGCCUGGAAGCAGCCUGCGAGGCUUGUUAAGGAGGAUCAUCGGCGUUUCCCUCCUGGUCACCUGCGGGCUAUUGUGAGGAUCGAAGGAUGGGAUCGGCAGAGGCUGUCUCUUCACCUGCUUUCCCUUUUCUGGAACCUGUCGUAGUCGACGACGAAAUGGGUAAUCCCUAUCAAGACACAGAUAUGGACUUCUUGGAUUCUGCAAGGUUACAGGUUUCGUCCGAAGGCGCGGGCAGGGAUUUCGAUGACCUCUUCUCUCACGCUCCUUCCACCCGCCAGAGCCGCGACUCGGAGCCAACAUGCUUGUCGCCAUCUGAACUAUCGCUGAAAAACUCCUAUCAAGAACAAGAUGCAAUGCGACAAUUCAACGUGGUCUCCGCCGAGUCCCCCGCCGAGUCUCCGGAUGGCUCAACACCAAGUUCGUCUUCUGAGUCACCACGCAAUCAUCUUCGGAACCCGUCCGUAACGUCUUCUGCAUCGGCAGUACAUAGCGAAAACACUAUAAUGCCCUUUGGCUACGCAACGGAGGAUUGGAUGAACCCGGAUCUCGCGUCGGUCAAGGAGGAAUCGCUUUUUGGACUGGAUCUUUCUCUUCCGAAUAUGGAUGGCCCGUUUCAUGCGGACGCAGACCUUGAAUCAAGUAAUAAGGCCAUGGAUGCAGCAUUUGAUUUUGAGAGUGCCGCCAGUAGCCCCAGUCCUCUGAAAGCCGAGACGACGCCGCAGCCGAAAUAUACGAGGAAACCCAAGUCUCAAUUGCGAAGUACGUCGGGCGCUUCAGCUAGGCAAUCUGCGUCUCCGAUUCCUGGCACGGCCUUCUUUCCUCGAAGUACCAAGGAAGCAUCUCCCUUCUCAGUCUCCCGAAGUAUCAGUCAGGGAAAGUCUACGUUGGGCCCAUGGGGCGGUCAUUCUCCGUCAUCGAUCUUGGAGGAAAGCUUUGGUGGUAUCAACAUGAAUGGCUCUCCCAUGAACUCGAAUCUGAGUUUUGGACCAAACAGCUUUCCUUUUGGCAUCAACUUCGCGCCGUCCCCUUCUCCAAGCUUCAUGAAACCGGAGCCAACACAGCGUCACUUCCUGACUGUCCACCCCACAUCGCUCAAGUCGCGCGUGGAGACACAGAUUCCCAUCAGACUGACGCUUUUCCCGUUGCCGACCGGCGUGAAGAAAGUACGACUGCCUAGUCACACAAUCUCAAAACCCAAAUUCUUGGCGCCGUCGACCAUCGAACGUUCUCCGGAGAUUGUGGAGCUUUAUACAAGCCUUGUCUGUACUAGCGCAAUGCAAGAGCAGGACAAGCUCAAGAAAGCUUUCGCGAGAGCAAGAGGCGAAUCUCGAUACCGGUCCUCUAGCUCCAGCCCACGUGCUGCCGAUGACACUCAGGACGAGGACAAACCAUUAGAUGGAGGAGAAGUCAAGAUCUGUCCUGGUUGUAUACAGCGUGAACGAAAACGGGCGUUCCGGAAGAAGCAAAGGAAGCCAGAGGAAGACGAACUUUUCCAGAAGGACGAGGAGAAGCGAGUCAUCGUAUUUAACACCAACGAGAUUAAGGACUGGACCGAGCCCUCGAAAAACGCCAUACCUGGCUACGGGGAUGGUCAAACCCUGAACAUUCCGGCUGGGGCUAUGCAGGUCGAACUGCCGAUGCGAAUAGCAUGUUAUUGCAGGCAUCAGAAUGAGAAGCUUGGGUUUCAGGUAAUUUUCACUGUUAAAGAUCACAAAGACAAUGUCAUCGCUCAGGCGAUCACAAACUCAAUCAUGAUCACGGACGACCACAAAACCCAUGCUCCUCCAGCUCCGCCAGCUCCUGGUCCCUCACCCUCUUUGCCGGAUGGAACCCAAUUGCCAGGCGUUGGGGUCUUUCCCUCGAGCCCUAGUGUUGAGACAGGCAAAGCGCCAGCUUCUACACAGCAGUCGAAUCAAACGGCUUCAGCGACCGACUUGCAGGGACUCCAGCAACGUUUCAAUUCGCAGUAUCAGUUGCCUUCUGGCUCGUUUUCCCUUCAUCAGUCGUCAGCCAACGGCACAACUUCAAAUUCGCAAACACCGCGCAGUCUCUCGAGGCAGACCUCGCCGAAUGACUUUCAGGGCCCAAUGAGCAAGAGACGCAAGCAUAGUAACUCGGGAAGACUUCCCUCAGAGCUUACCAUGACCAAGUUAGAGAAUACGCAGCCAUCAGCUAACACUUCCAACUCCACGGCGCCCAGUACCGAACCACAGUUCUCAGGGGCCCGCGGAGUUGCGUCACCAGUGGAAAGGCCUUUUGUGACCUCGUCCGCCAUGUCCAGCCAAUUCCCCAAUAGCCCUCCAACGCCGAACAGUGGGGACAACAAUCCCUUCCUGAGUGUACACCCACAAAGCUUGGACAGUUUUAUUCAGCAGCAGCUAAUGUCUGCACCAAACUCCGCUCAGCCCAGUCGUCCCGGUACUCCAGGCGGCUCUAGGAACAACUUUCACGACCAGUCUUUCAAUUUGUCCCUUGGUCCAAACACGUCUGCUCCCAUGUGGCCACCGCUCAGUAAUGCCGGAAACCGGCUGCCCUCAGUCAUCCACAAGGUCGUUCCCGCCGAGGGUUCCAUCACUGGAGGCACUGAAGUUACUCUGCUGGGAAGCGGCUUCUACCCUGGCAUGGAAGUUGUAUUCGGUGACACCCUUGCCACUACCACCACAUUCUGGGGCGACAAGUGUCUUAAUUGCUUGACCCCUCCUGCACUGCAGCCUGGAAUGGUGCCAGUGGUGUUCAAGCACGAACAUCCCACAUUUGGUCAAAUUCAGACGCCUCAACCUCUGAUGCCGAAGCAGCAGCAAUUUUUCCGUUAUGUGGAUGACCGUGAGCUGCAGAUGUACCGACUAGCUCUCGGAAUCCUGGGACAGAAGCUCGGCAGUCAAGCAGAUGCGUUCCAAACGGCCCAGCAGAUCAUGGGUAGUGAUAUGAAGAGUGUUUUCAAUGUUCCCCAGGAUUUCCAAGGAAACUCGAGUGGACAUCAGCGACAAGUGCCUGGGUAUGAAUCGCAGGGUAAAUUGAGCGAUCUUGAUUCGAAGAUGUUGACUUAUCUCGAAUUUGUCGACCUCGACGAUAGCCCUCGUCCACCCAGGUACAACUCUCGCUCGGCGACAGGCCAGACGCUGCUCCAUUUUGCGUCGUCCCUGGGACUCACGAGAUUUGUUGCUGGACUCCUUGCACGAGGUGCCAACCCCGAUGUGCAAGACAAUUCGGGAAAUACCCCGAUGCAUCUGGCAGCUUUGAGCGGCCAUGCACACAUUGUCCAGCGGCUGCGCCUUGCGGGGGCCGAGACCACUGCUCGCAGCAUACGGGGAUAUACACCCGCAGAUUUGGCGACUACAUUACCCGCGCAUCAAGCUGCCCUCAUUCCUGCCCGCCACCGCUCACGUAGCGUUGGCUCACUGUCAUCUUCGCGCCGCAGACACAGUUCUGCGUCCUUGCACUCACUUUGGGAAUCCUCCUCAGCAUCAGGCUCCUUUGGUCAUGCUGUAGAUGACUCUGACGACGAGGAUGAUGAAGAGGAUGAGAUUGAGUUCACCAUGUCGCGGCGGUCCAGUCUGCAUCAUGAUCGACCAGGGCCAGUCCCUGCGCCCGAACAGCCACCUCAAGCGGAAGAUACGAGGCCAUUCUCUCCCCCAGCUGCUCUACUUGCUUGGCGCAAUCAACUCCAGACCCAAAUCAACCAGUUCCAGCAAAGUGUGGCCAACGCCUUUCCCAACCUACCUGCUCUGCCGCCGAUGCCUGCCUUACCUGACUAUCAGGCCAUGCGUCGUAUCACCAAUCUAGUCCCGCACAGGCCAAGUACUUCACGCUCGUCUAAGGAUGGCUGGUGGGAUAUGCUUACCGGCAACUCGGCUCCCGACAAUUCAGCACCAACCACGGCGGAGCUACCCUCUUAUGAGGAGCUUUACCCACAGCAAGAGAACCAGGUCGGAGAGGAUGAAGCGGCACGUCUAAAGAAGGCCAGCAUGUUACAAGCGGCUACAGAGGCAGCCCUUGACCAGCAUUUCGAGGCUCAGGCUAGCACCUCAGAGGCUGUUCUGACAAAAGCGGACAGCGAAGAGCUCAAAGACAUUCGGAUUGGUCGCAACGUGAUCUCCCGCGAACAGCAGAAACAUCUCCGAGAGCAGCAGGCACGGAGGAUGAAGGGUCUUGGAAAUGAUCGCAACCUUUACUUCAUCUGGAUCCCUCUCCUGCUUCUGGUGAUCGGUGCCUGGGUCCGUAGCUAUGUCCCGGGAAUUUGGGAAGGAAUCUACAGCGGCUACGAAUUUCUCAGAGCUCGCUAUGCGCAGCACGUUCUUGAAGUCGGUUCUUGAACGAUUUCACACCACCAUCCUUCUUACUAACAUCUUUUUGACUUGUUUCUUACCCUUCAUUUGAGCUGAGGCGUUACUUCCACUGGACUGGUGCUAUAACGGGCAUUUGUCAAUCCUUGUUUACUCGCGUGUGUGAUGUUUUU